AUGACCCAGGAAGAACUAAUAGUCCUCUGGAAAACACUCUCUGAACUAUUACAGAAAGGCUUUAUCUGCUUUACUAAGCUGGAUGUGUCUGCUGCCUUCCAUAAGAUCCGCAUAGCCAAAGACCAGGAAUGGAUGACUGCCUUCCGUACGAGAUACGGGCUCUUUGAAUGGCUAGUCACCCCUUUUGGGUUGGCUAAUGCACCGAGCACCUUCCAAAAAUACAUCAACUGGACCCUCCGGGAAUAUCUAGAUGAAUUCUGCUCAGCCUAUAUUGACAAUGUACUUGUCUAUACUAAUAGGGACCUCCGCCAGCACUGGAAGCACAUAUAA